UUUCGAAGGCGGCCACGUGUUGAUGACGUGGGAGGAGCACGAAAACGUGCACAUGUUCUCAAACAUGUUCUACUACUCCAACAAGACUAAAACUACGACACUGUUCGAUGCGUACGGUGUGUUUGGACUGAUUAAUAUUGGUACUCCCAUGCAGGCAUUGCUCCAUACACCGAGCUUUCUUUCGCUCAAAAGAAGUUUCCCGAAAGAGUAUGUCACCGAAUUCUCUUAUUUUCGAUCCCAUCGAAAAAAGAUGCAUUGAAGAAAUUAUGAAAUUAAAUCUUUGAUGCAUAAAUUAAAUUUCUCUUUAAUUUUUUUUCUCCAGUGCCUCUGUUUUUAUCUUCAUUUUCACUGCAGAAGUUUAUAACAAAAUCUAAAAUUAAUAAAUUACAAUAUUCUAUUAAUUUUUUCCAGCCUCUAACUGCAAUUGGGCUCGGCCCGUUAAUAAAUUCGGCCCAAUUGAUUCUUGCCCGGCUUCAAUAGUCAAUACCAAAGUCCACUUCACUCCCCCAAACGCCGUCGUAUUCUUUCCCAAUUCCUCCUCAUUCUCUCGACCUAGGGUUUAUCCUUCCCGCCCAUACAACCAUUUAUUUUCUUCAAACACCGAUCUAGGGUUUGUUCUCCAAUUAAUUAUCAGAUGACGAAGUCUCGAAGAAAUCCCAAAUUGAAGCUACAAAAUUUCAGAAAUCUGCCGUCGGAGGUUAUAAUCGAUAUCAUAUCACGGCUUCCGGCUCGGAGCACCGCAAUCUGCAAAUGUGUAUGCAAGUCAUGGCGAGAUCUAAUCCGCAACCGCGAGCUCCUAAAAAAUCUGCCACCGGAGAUCGUCAUCGAAAUUCUAUCAAGGCUCUCAAUUCGAACAAUCGGAACCUGCAAACGCGUUCGCAAGUCGUGGCGAGAUCUGCUCCAGACUCGUCAAUUUGCCGAUUCGCAUCUUUCGAAAUCGGUCCAAGGGUUGGUUGUCUCUCACAACUACACGAGAUUCCACGUUUUGGCAUUUGAAGAUGAACUCGAUCUCGAAGAUCCCGAUAUUCACUGCAAUCCAUUAGCCACAUUCGACAGCUGUAAAUUGUUCAUUAACAUCUUCGACGUAAAAGCCUCGGUUAACGGUUUGCUUUUUCUGCACCCGAUGAGCUCUACAGCCACCGAUUAUUACAUAUGCAAUCCAAUAACUCGGGAGUUUUUUGAGUUUCCAUUUGAGCCGCGGCUGUUUUACAUAUAUUUUUACGAAACAGUCAAUUACGGAUUUGGGGUGAGCAAAGUGACCGGCCAGUAUAAGGUGGUUAGGAUUGUUGAUGUUAUGAAGCCUAUUUGUCACAUCUACACUCUCGGAACAGGAAAAAGUCUUGGAAAAGGAAAAUGGAGAAGAAUCGACCCUGGCCCGCCGUUGGGAAAGAACAAGCACUCGACUGGGGCGUUUCUUAACGGAUGCCUUCACUGGUUUGUAGAAGAUUCCAAGAACUCGAAUUUGAUAUCUUGCUUCGAUCUCGAGACGGAAACGUUUAGCACGUUUUCUCAUCCGCCAGUUUCGAUGUUCAAAAGUUACGAGGUCCUAGUAGCUUUGGGCGACUGCUUGUGUAUAUGCGAUAACAGAGGCGAACACGAAAUUGCUUUCUGGAUGAUGAAGGAAUAUGGAAAUGACGAGUCUUGGACGAAGGAAUUCGUUAUCGGAAAAACCCCUGAGCUUGUUAGUGAUUACGGUCAGUCGAAUGGAAUUGUCUGUCCUAUCAAAAUUUUCAAAGAUGGACACGUGUUGAUGACGUGGGAGGAGCAUUUAGGCGUAAACAUGUUGUUAAACAUGUUCUACUACUCCAACAAGACUAAAACGACUACGCUAUUCGAUGCGUAUAAUGUGUUUGGAAUAUCAGGGGCUGGUUCUCACAUGGAUGCAUUGCUCUUUACGCCGAGCUUUCUUUCACUCAAAAGUUUCCCGAACGAGUUUGUGACCGAAUUCUCUUAUUUUCGAUCCCAUUGAAGAAAAAAGUAGCAUAUAGUGUAUAUCCUUGUUCAAAUUAAGGAUCAAAACUUUUGCGGAAGAUCAAUGAAGUAGUUAUGAAAUGAAAUCUGGAUGCAUAAAUUUCUCUUGUAUUUUCCGUUUUCUCUGUUUUUUUCCGCUCAUUGUUACUUUUCGUUUUCGUUGCAAUUUCCCCAUGCUUCCA